CGCCACUCGCGCUUAAAAUGAUGACGGUUCUGAGCAGCUACAUAGUACGUACUCCCUGGGUGCUCAUCAUCACACUGGUCGAAAACAAAUCCACCGCUUUUCCUUCUGUGCUCGGCCUGACCUGUCCUAGUCCCGCCUUGCUCGCGGCAAAUCAUUUAAACCUUGAGUCCGAGCACUGCGAUAUCUAUCCACCCUUGCCCUACAACCACCGAAUAGCCACAGAACAUCUCUAGCUAUACCUUACGCUUAGUUAUUCUGAUAUCGUUAGCCUAGAUUCCCCUGUUGCUUGAUUGCUCGGACUACGAGACCUUCAUAACCUCCAUCAUAUAAUCAAAGUUUACGACGAAUUGCUUCAAAAACAGUAUUUUUGUUUGACAUCCAAGAGUCUCCUAGAUUGGCACCCUUCACGAACCAUCAGAAUAUCAAGACCAUUGAUACCAAGAAAAAGGCUCUUCGAGAUGGAUACCGAUUGGUGCAUCGUUUGCGACACUCGAAUCUAUCCAUCUAUAUCUGAGGCCAGAAAAGUUUCCAAGACCUCAAAUGGAAUGGCGGAAGUCGUUGGAGGUUCCACAACUCCAUCCUCUUCGUCGGCAUUUUGCUCAACGGGUUGCCUCAUCAAAGCAUACCACGAAGCGGAAUUGUACAACCCUCUGGAUCUGCCGCCGCAAGCGCUCAACAUUCAGCUCACAUUUCCACAUCAGUCCUCGCAUCCUCGUUCAUCUCUAAUACAUCCAAAGCAGAAAGCCUGCAAGGAUCGACCGAAAUCCAGGUUGAUAAACGACCAUAAUUCCCAAAAUCUCAAAAUUAACCCCAACGAAAGAAAACUGAUUAGUCAAUUUACUUUUGGAAGUUAUGGAACCUCUUCUUUGUCGUCUUCGGAUGCCCUCCGUUUUAUCAACACCAAGUGCUAAUGUAGUCCAUUCCAGGUGUUCAAUGUAGUUUACAAGCCAUCCUUUUCAUAUAACCCAAACUUUGAGAAGUUUAUGCUAAUUCAAGACCAACGAUGUAAUAUGCAUGUUUCCAUGACUUAUGAGCCACCCGGGUGAAUGCCCGGUAAUGAAGCCAAAGAUAAAUCUACUUGCCAAUGAAGGAACAUUCUUGGUUCAAUAAUUGAAAUAUGAUCACUGGAAGUCAAGAUUC